CCGUAGCUAGUUGUCCACCGUUAUGACAACUAAAUCACCAACUUUUAGGUUGACGAAUUUGCAAAGUCCAUCUUUAUGUUAUUCACCUUACGACGUUCAUGAAGCUGUGAGUUUUCAAGUCUCCAACCAACUCUCAACAUGUUGUUUACAUCAAGAAAAGGAUUCAAGAACCGGAGAUCACUACGUAUGGGUUCUUCGUAGGUCUGCACGUCGACGUUGUAACGGAUCACAAUAUCUUCACUGCAGUUCCAGGUGUUCGCCGGGAAUUCUUCUCAUCGGGAUCUUUAUUCUUCACCGGAAGACGACGCACAAUGUAUCGACCAGUGUCAUCUCUACGAGUAGUUUUGAGGGCUUCGUGGGCGUGUUAAUAACACCAGACAGAAUCCACCCCAAUGACGAACACUGAGCAAGUGGUGAACCAAGCG